AGUCCGCUUCUUCGGCUCGAAGUCAGCUCUGUGCCAAACGUUUGCGCGCUAAGCUUCAGUGACGCCAUGCCGAAGAACAAGCUCGGAGGUAACAAGGCCAAGCGAGCCAAGGCCAGCACCGAGAACAACAAGAAGGAGCUGGAGUUCAAGGAGGAUGGCCAGGAGUACGGCCAGAUCACCCGGAUGUUGGGCAAUGGCCGCUGCGAUGUAUCGUGCAUCGAUGGCGUGAAGCGGUUGUGCCACAUUCGCGGCAAGAUGCGAAAGAAGGUCUGGUGCAACCAGGGCGACAUUGUCCUGGUCUCUCUUCGUGAUUUUCAGGAUGAGAAGGGCGACAUCAUCGUGAAGUACACCGCCGAAGAGGCCCGCAGCCUGAAAAAUUACGGGGAGCUGCCGGAGACCGUGAAGAUCAACGAGACGGAUAUUGGCGACGGGGACUCCAGCGACGACGGCGUGGAGUUCGACGAGGCGGCUGGCGUGGAUGUGGACAACAUCUAGCCGCGACAUCUUCCGAUGCGGCGCCUUCAGCCCUUUCGGCACAGAGUGGCUCAAGGCGUGUGGUGAAUUCGACGGGGCCUUCUCUGUAGGAGCUGCCCUUGGGUAGCCAGGAGACAUUUUCACCCCAGG